GUGGCUCCGCCCCGCCCCCCCCGUGGAUCCGCCGGUGGCUCCGCCCGUUCGCGGCGGCGGGCAAGAUGGCGGCGCCGGUGUGUCUGCGCGCCCUGCGGAGCGUCUGCAGCGCCGCGCUGUUCCUGUCCCAGCUCUACGUGCUGUCCGGCCGCGCAGGAUCUCUGAUGACCACAAAGCAUGCCCAGCCACAGUCUACAUUUGCAAAAAGCCUGACUUCAACAAGCACAAAUACUCCUUAUUUUAAAGCAGCAGAAAGUACAGAAAUUCCACCUUACGUGAUGAAGUGUCCCAGCAACGGGCUUUGCAGUAGGUUGCCACCAGACUGUAUGACAUGUAACACAAACUACUCCUGUAUAUAUGGGAAACCAGCCACUUUUGAUUGCAGAGUCAAGCCACAUGUUCAUUGUGUCGAUCAGAACAACCACGAGCAGGAGAACUUUACGAUUAACAUGACGUGCCAGUUCUGCUGGCAGCUCGCAACGACGGAUUAUGUAUGUACCAACUCCACAAGCUGCAUGACGGUUUCUUGUCCGCGACAACGAUAUAAUGCCACUUGCACAGUACGGGAUCAUAUUCAUUGCCUGGGUAAUCGCGUUUUUCCUAAGAUGCUCUAUUGCAACUGGACUGGAGGUUAUAAAUGGUCAACUGCCUUGGCGCUAAGGGAAGAGAUCAGUAUGGCAGGAUUGAAUGACACUCUUGAGGUUGUUUUUGGAAUGCUAAGCCAUUAGAGCACCACAAGAGGGAUUUGAAAAGAACUGAAGUUGUUUUGGUGCAUCACCCUUGGUGGAUUCGGUGCCGAUCGUUUCUAUUUGGGCCAGUGGCGGGAAGGUCUGGGAAAACUCUUCAGCUUUGGUGGACUUGGCAUUUGGACUCUCAUUGAUGUGCUGCUGAUAGGUGUUGGCUAUGUGGGGCCUGCGGAUGGUUCUCUUUAUAUUUAAAUGUGGGUGCAAUGUGUUUCAGAGAGGAGAAGGGGCUCUAAAUAAAAGGAUGUAGAGAUUUGAGCCUUUAAGGCAGAAUGAAGAACAAUUGUUCUUCCUGUGUGCAUACAUUUUAAUGUACAGUAUCUGUACUUAGUUUGCCUUUAACUAAGGUAAAAUAAAAGAGUGGAUCACUGCGUAAGUUGAAAUUGGUUUUCUUUCUUCUGUGGACAUGCUAUUUUUCUAUGAAAAAGGCUGAACAGCUAACCAGACUCCCCACUGUGCUUGAACUUGGAUGAUCUGUCAAGCACCAAAAGAGAUGCAAGCCAACUUGAAUAUUGAGUUGUUUACUUCAUAUUUGUAUGCCUGAAUUUAACUUUAAAGCUAACUUCCUGAAAUAUGUAAGUAAUUUUGUUUUUCAUAUUUGUGGGAGGAUAAUUUAUUUGCCUGAAUUACUCUAGCAGUGUGUAGAUCACCAUGUUUUAUGAUGUUAAUUACAUUAAUGUCUGUUUUGGGAUAUAGCAAGAGCUAACAUCUGCUUAGCGACUUGUUGACAUAAAAGCGUGGGGUUUUUAGAAUUAGAUUGUGGUAACACUAAAAGCUGAAUAUGAAAUAAUUGAAGUAGAUUUUAGGAUUGUUGCAGAAUGUCUUUAUUCUCAUUGGGUUUUACCUGCAUAUCAGUAAGAGGUGCAAUUUGAGCUUGUAUUCUUGUGCGAGCAAGCUUGCCAAGUUAAUUAAAGGGGGGGGGGGGAAGGGGGGGUGGUGUCAAUAUAAUUGAGGUGUGUAUCCACUUCUGAGUCGCUAACGGGAUGCUGUAUCAUAGCGCAGUGCCGCUGGCGCGGAGGACUGGGUGCGUUCACUCGGUACCCGCGGUGCUGGCCCCGGCCGCCGCUGGUACAUCUGCACAUCUCUCACUGGAAUAAACUUGAAGCUUUAAAGGAA